UCUUGUGAGGUUCUAGUUUUUGCGCUGGAUUGUAAGUUCUAACAAAAUAUGAUGUUCUCGAAGUUGUAUGUUGUUUAUGUGGUACCCCGAUAAUGCAGAUACUGAAAAAUGAACAAGAAAAAGAAGAGUCGGAGAAGGCAGCAAAUGCAGAAAAUGCUGAGGUUGACGAGGCAAGAAAGAAGGAAGAGGAGGAGAAGCGGAAGGAAGAAGAGAGAAAAAGAAAAGAGGAGGAGGAAAGAAAAAAGGAGGAAGAGGAGAAGAAAAAGGCAGAGGAAAGAGAGCGAAAUUUGCUAGAGAAGCGAUACACUCUUCCUGACCAGCCGAUGAUUGUUGUUCACCCGUCGAGAACUGCAAAGUCUGGAAAGUUUGACUGUACAACAAUGUCCCUUUCUGUGCUCUUGGAUUAUAGACAGGAAGAUAACAAAGAGCACUCCUUCGAAGUGAGCCUCUUUGCUGAGCUUUUCAACGAGAUGCUCAUGAGGGACUUCGCUUUCCGCAUCUACCGGUCCCUUGUCGAGGCCCCAGAGAAGCCCACGAAAGAGGACAAAAAAGAAAAGGAUGACAAGAAGGAAAAGGAGAAGGAGAAGGACAAGAGAGAAAGGGAGAAGAAGGAAGACAAAGACGAAAAGGAGAAGAGGGAAGACAGAGACAGGAAGGAAGAAGAAGAAGACAAGGACGAGAAAAUGGAAGAGGACAAGCAGGGGGACAAGAAGGACAAGAGGUCAUGUGAGAAGGAAGAUGGGAAGGAUGAUAAAAAGGAAGAGGAAGAGGAGGAAGAAGAAAUGGAAGAAGACGAGGAAGAAGAGGCUGACGACGAGGACUCCAAGGACGAGACGCCGGGCAUGAAAGUCGGGGAAACCAAGGAGAAGGACGAGAGGAGGGACAGCAAAGAUGGGAAGAAGAAGGACGACAAGAAAGACCGGGAGAGAAGGGAGAAGAAGGAGAAGAAGAAGAUGGUGACGGUGGACCCUUUCCUCCUGCUCUCCUUCGUCUACUUCGACCAGACGCACACGGGCUACAUCAUCGACAGGGACCUGGAGGACAUCAUCAACAUGCUGGGGCUCAACCUCUCCAGAGCGCAGCAAAAGAAACUCAUGUCGAAGGUGAUGUCCCGUGACGUCCUGCACUACCGAAAGAUGACGGACGUGUCCCUGGACGAGAAGGACAAGCCGCGAGAUCCUCCUCCCAACUUAGACCUAGAGUUUCUGGCAAAAGGUAACAACACCAUGAUGCCAGUGUUCGUAGAUGCCUUAAGUACCCCUGUGGUUGGGGAUAAGGCCCUAAGGAAGGGCUGUAAGAAUAAGGAGGAUUCCUUUGUCUCAACAACAUUAAAUGACAGUGAGAUGAAGGAUCCAUCUGCUGUAGGUUGCACAGUUCCUGUUACCCAAGGUGUUGUCAAGUACGGAGGCUCCUUAGUCGACAUUGGCAAACUGAUUCAGCAGCUGGAGAAGUCGGAGAAUGCACGCAGCAGCACGGAGGAGAAGCUGAAGGAGCUGCAGAAGGAACUGAUGUUCAGCAAAGACGAAUCUAAGAAGGCUUACGAUAAGUGUAGUAAGCUUAAUAAAGAAAUCAAGAGUGCCAAUUCUAGUCUGAAAACAAUGGAGGAAGAACUUCAGAAAGCUAUUGAAGAUAACAAUGUCUACCAAAAGGCCCUCAAUCAAAUCAAGUGCGUCAUCAAGCCCCUCGUAGCUGGCGUUGACCUGGACGAGGAGGACGUCACCAUGAAGGACAUCACCAGAGACGAACUUAAGCUGAAGCAGGAGCCCAUAGAGAACGGGACGGUGGACUGAUCUCGCAGGGUCGUUUCGCGCUUGGAGCUCUCAAGGACGCCGCCGCCGCUGAAGCCGAAAGCUCGGUCGAACGUUCGCAGGACCGGCUCAGAACUGAACGUGGAAUCCCUAGGCCGCGAGAAACACUCGUGAGGGAAAUCUCGUGUUAUUUUAGGGCGAGCGCGCUUAGCCUCAAAGGUGUUUUUUUUUUUUUUCUUCUUUUCUUUUUUUUCUUUUUUUUUUCUAGCCAAAAACAAUGGUCCAAGUGAGUUAAUAAUUGUAUAAAGAGACAUCAACCAUUACCUCACCCAAAGAUUGAAGAAGUUACUUAGUCUCUUGGCACAUUAGCACUUAGAACUGCAUGCAGCGUAUGUCAUUCGGUUAUGUAAGCACCAAUGUAUAUAUUGUGGGUUUGUGUGCAAGUUCUGGAUAUUCUCAGGUUUUGAUGAUUGAUUUGAUUGUUGAAAUAUUUAUGGCAGUGACACUAAUUAAGAGAGGGCAUGUGACAUUAAGUUGCCAUAGAGCCAUUUAUUUUCAUUAUGUGUAUAUAUAUGUAUGAGUU